ACGUCAAGGAGAACGAUGAAUGCUCUCUUCAUCCUUCUUUACACGCACUUCGCCGGAUGCCUCGCUGAUGAUAUCUCUCUGGCUGAAAUGACUGGUUCCCAUGCAGACAGCUGGUCCAUGAAGGUCCCCUCUGAGGUGACUGCUCUGGUCGGCCACUCUGUGGUCCUGCCCUGUACUUUUACCCAUCCCUACCGACACCACCAUGGGACCAUCUUGGUCACCUGGAGACUGGGACGGACCUUCAAUGGCACUGUGGUGUUCCAGUGCAGCAGCCACAAUUCCUCAGACGGCUGCGAGCCGCUCCUGAACCAGGGCCAUCGCUACCAGCUCGUGGGGAACCCCCGGGCUCGCGACUUGUCUCUGCGGCUUGACAACGUCACCUUCCAGGAUGCCAACAAGUACUUCUGCCGUGUGGAGCUCUCAGGACCCCUGGGUGCCAAGUUUGAGAACAAGAUGGGCAUCCAGCUUCUAGUGGCAGCCCCAGCGCAGAUCGUGGAUCUGUCUGUGUUGGGUGGGGGUGCAGCUGAGUACAGUGCGCUGUGUAGGGCUGAGGGAGAGCCCCUUCCCAGCAUCUCCUGGACCGGGCCCCAUGGAGACCAGCUGGAGGAGGCAGGCCCACCCCAGCUGACCUUGAGGCAGCAUCAGACUACUCGAAGGCUCCAGAACCUGAGCCAGGACGGGCGAUACACCUGUAUGGCCAGCAAUGCCUACGGGAGUGACCGUGCCACUGUCUACCUGGUCCACCACACGCAUGGGGGGGGCUCCUCUGCUCUGCUGCUCAUGUGGAUCUCUCUGGGAGUCAAGUUUGUUAUCUUCCUUCUGCUCCUGGGGGCCCUCGUCUGGCUUCAGAGUAGAGAUAACACUAAACAUGAAGGUUCAAUCAGGUUGCAACAGUCUUCCAGCUAUGAGAAUAUAUAGACACCAAUGGACUACCUUUACUGAAGUACAAAUACAUUGACACACUGCCUGUUACACAGCAUUUAGGAACCUGGCAUCCAGUUUAGUUUGAUUGACCACACUGCAUAGAGCUAUAUGAUUUCUUUCAAAUGUUUUCAAUGAAAAAGUCACCAGCUGCACCAAAGAUCAGAAAUAUUUCUGCUAAGGUUAGCUCUGUCCAGUACAAGAUGGGGACAUUUCUAGUGUCUGCUGUUAUGUAUGCUUAUAUUUUGUUAGAUAAUUCACUGAUGGUGAAAAUAGAACGUCUUUAAAAGGUGGACAUAAAAACUAAAUAUUCUACAAUUUUGCAUUUACUGUUUUUCAAGCAUUUAAAUAUGUAGGAACAUUUGUUGUAUAAAAACUGCAGAGAAAAUUAUCAGUUGUGAAUGUGACAAUGCUAUUUUUUCCUGCUUUUAAUAAAUAUUAUGUUUAAUCAUUAAACAUGUUGAAAUAUCUAUUUUAAGACCGUGAAAUAAGCCAUUUGUACUGUGAAAUAAAUACAGCCCUAAAAAUAAAAGAUAUAAAAUCCACCAUAGCCAUGGUUGUGCUAAAUAGAAAUGUUAUUG